GUUAACUCUCGGAGCAGCUGGGGAUGUGGGAGGCGACAGCUGGAAGAAGCACGCCUUUUUAGGCUGCCGCGCCGCCCCACGCAGCCCAAGUCUGCAAUCACUCUGCGAGAGGCAGAGCUCCUGUAUCCGGGAGCGCCCCGCCUGCGCUACCCGGCCGGCACAGCUGCCUGGCCCGGGGCGCCGGGAGGAGGCACAGCAACUUCCCGGAGUCCGGCCGCUAGGUUCCUCCUGCCUCUGAGUGCUUUAAGACACGAAGGUGAAGUGCUGCUGGUCCCAGAGGUCUGCCAUGAAACCGCAUUUGAAGCAAUGGAGACAACGAAUGCUCUUUGGAAUAUUUGUUUGGGGCCUCCUGUUUUUGGCGAUUUUCAUCUACUUCACAGACAGCAACCCUGCUGAGCCUGUACCCAGUUCCUUCUCCUUCCUGGAGACCCGUGGGCUCCUGCCUGUGCAAGGCAGGCAGCGGGCCAUCAUGGGCGCUCUGCAGGAGCCGGCUUCACCUGGGAGUUUGGAUGCAAACAAGGUGCUGCCAGGAGGCCACCCUGCCAGCCCCUUCCACGCUGGGCCUGGGGACCCACAGAAAUGGGAAGAGGCCCAAGAUGGGUUUGAACAUGGAGAAGAGUUUUUUGCAUCCCAGAUUGGAAGGAAAUCUCAAAGUGCUUUCUACCCUGAGGAUGGUGACUACGUUUUUGCUGCUGGUCAGCCAGGGUGGCACAGCCACACGCAGGCGGCACUGGGCCUGCCCUCUCCUGGGAAGCCACCCCGGCGGGCCGGACCUGUACAGCGAAGAGGGAAGCAGUGGCACAGAAGGCCGGGAAGAGGCCACAGGCCUGAGGAGGCCGAGGGCAGUGACCGGUUGUACGCCUCCAUGUCCAGGGCCUUGCUGUACCGACUCUGGAAGGGGAACGUGUCCUCCAAGAUGCUGAACCCGCGCCUGCAGAAGGCUAUGCGGGACUACCUGGCUGCCAAUAAGCAUGGGGUGCGCUUCAGAGGGCGGCGCGAGGCUCGGCUGAGCAGAUCUGAGCUUCUGUGCGAGCUGCGAAGGCGUGCGCGCGUGCGCACACUGGACGGCACGGAGGCGCCCUUCUCAGCGCUGGGCUGGAGGCCGCUUGUUCCCUCGGUUCCGCUGGGCCAGCUGCACCCACGGGGCCUGCGCAGUUGCGCUGUGGUCAUGUCCGCGGGCGCCAUCCUCAACUCCUCUUUGGGGGAGGAAAUAGAUUCUCAUGAUGCAGUUUUGAGAUUUAACUCUGCCCCUACACAUGGCUAUGAGAAAGAUGUUGGAAAUAAAACCACAGUGCGGAUCAUUAACUCCCAGAUUCUGACCAACCCCAGCCAUCACUUCAUUGACAGUUCUUUAUAUAAAGAUGUUAUCUUGGUGGCUUGGGACCCAGCUCCUUAUUCUGCUAAUCUUAACCUGUGGUACAAGAAGCCAGAUUACAACCUUUUCACUCCAUAUAUUCAGCAUCGUCGGAGACACCCAACUCAGCCAUUUUACAUUCUUCAUCCUAAAUUCAUAUGGCAGCUUUGGGAUCUUAUCCAGGAGAACACCAAGGAGAAGAUUCAGCCCAACCCACCAUCUUCUGGUUUCAUUGGAAUCCUCAUCAUGAUGUCCAUGUGCAGAGAGGUGCAUGUAUAUGAAUACAUCCCAUCUGUCCGGCAGACAGAGCUUUGUCACUACCAUGAGCUGUACUACGACGCAGCCUGCACUCUGGGGGCUUACCACCCGCUGCUUUACGAGAAGCUUCUGGUGCAGCGCCUGAACAUGGGCACCCAGGCAGAUUUGCAUCGCAAGGGCAAGGUGGUCCUGCCAGGCUUCCGGGCUGUGCGCUGCCCCACAGCCAGCCCUAACAGUACACACUCUUAAAAAGGGACUCUUGGGAAUCAAUGUGCAAUAAGGUACUGCUGUUGUCCUCAAAGUCACAAAAAAAUACUUGAAGAUAGGUUUAGGCAAUGUAGCGUUGAGUCUUUCAACUGUAACUUAGUGGUGGCCAUGGAGAAUCCUUUUCAUUCUAAGCCAUUGGGUAUCUAUUACUGCUUUAAAUAUAGAAAUGGAACUUUAGAAACACCCAAGAAAGAAUCCAAAACAAGGGAUAUAUAGAAAGAAAAUAAAUGUGUGACCAUGGGCAUGAUACCCCUAAACAUGCUAAUCUUGCCUUAUCGCAGGGAUACUCUUUAUCAGAAUUGGUUCCAGCCACAGGUUUCAGUGAUGUUACUGCUAGUAUGGUUUCCAUCUCAGAACAUCCAAGUUAGGGCCCCAGAGCUAGUGUGUCACGUGUACAUGCACUCCUCACUAGGCAGGCUAUAUUCUAUGAUGAAUGUCUGAAUUGUCAUGCAGAUGCUUAUUUUAAUGUCAAAAAUUUCUUGUAUAUCCUGCCAAGCACAUGAUUUUGCAACCACUGUAUCCCAUCUCUGCCUCCCAGUUGCCCUCUGGAAUUCCUGAUUCUGUGAAUCAGGACACAUUUAUAAAAGCAUAGCUUAUCCAUCCUGAGUUGGCCAAGAUAAAGCCAAACAAAAGCCCUGGGAAAAGCAUAGACAAGAUCUUUUGUUUUCCUUCAAUAUUUAGUAGGCUGGCCAGGAGUGCUUAACCCACUCAGACAACAUCAUGGGCUAGUACAUGCAGGAUCCUGGCUGGGACCCCAGACAUUCUCCAGCCCUGGCUCUUCUGCCUUGUGGUACCUGGUCUGCAGAGGCACCUUGCAGCUGUUAUAUAGCCAGUGACAGCUCUUAGGGAAAGCCAGGAGACACCCUUGUUUCUGCCAAAGUAGAAAAAAUUGCUGGGAGUCCCCUCUGAGCUGCAGGGGAUGCACACCUAGUACUUUUAUAGGAAUUUCUUACAGGCUUUUCAGCUAUUAGAAAUUUGACAGUGGUGUGCUCCUAAUGUUCACUAAUCCUACUGACGUGUAACUUGAAUGCCACCCUGUUUUCAUUCAUGUGUUUUACGUCAACGGUGUGGCAAAGACACAGAACUGAAUAAAAUUAUGUGAAAGCAUAUAUUUUUAACAAGGUAAAUAAAUACAUGUUCAUGUGGAAAGGCAAGUGGAAACAUUCACCCCAGUGUGUUAGCUAUAUUAGAUUUUUAGAUCUCAGUUUCUAUCAUUAUGAGAAACUCUUUUUUUGGGUUUAUUUUGUUUUACUUCAAAGAUAAUACAUGAGAAACAUUUAUUUCAAUAUCAAAUUAGACAUAGCUCAGUGGUAUGGUAACUAAGACUUUUUGGCAAUGACAAUAGCAGUUUAAUUAAAUACAAUCCCCCUUGCAAAGUGUGUGACUAACAGGAGAGUUUUAUGGAAAAUAUGUUUGUUUGUUUCAGGAUUAGUUGGUUCCAGAAUGCUCUCAGGACUGCUUUCCUGAGCAAGUAUGGUUUUCAGAGACCAAUAGCUUCUGUUCGGCUAUUCUGCUCAUCAGAUAUCAAGCUGAAUCUUAGACAUCAGGGUACUUAGUGCAGCAGUAAAUAAAAGGAGUUAGGAUUUCGGUUCUGACAGUGUCUCAUAAAAGUCCAUUCUGAGAGCUUUGUUACCAAGUCACUAACAAGGGAUAGAAACCUUCAUCCUGUGCAUUAGCUUGUCCUAGUAGCACGGUGCAGCCAAGUUCCUUUGUCAUUUCCCAGAAGAGCUUGGUCUUGAUGUGUGUAAUAAUUUCCAUAACUCCAGGGCACAGUGAGGAAACUGAUGUGGUGAGUAUUUGCUCCUGGAAUUCUUGGAUCUUUCUAGAUCUUCCAUGCUUUUCCAUCUUAAAUGCUCACAACUAUUAAAUUUCCUUUUAUAGUCUUCCAAGUAGAUUCACGUAGAGGCAUCCUUAUUAUCCAGACAAUCUCCUUUGGUAGCAAUGAGAAUUUGGUUAGAGAAUAAUUUAUUGAGGUCAAUGUGAAUAUUCAAGUUCAAAAGCCCCACAGAACACUUCAAAGACUCUUAAAUAGCAUUCUGUUGUAGCACAUGUACUUUUAAAAGGAUACUUUCAGUUUUACAGGGGUUACAAGAAAGACUGCAGAGCAUAAAGGAAAUGCAAUUAAUUUUUUUGAAUUUAUUAUGGCCCUAAAGACUCUUGGGAGUCAGAUUCUGUUAAACAUCCAGAAAAUGUGAUACACAUAUUAAUAUACUUUUGUCUAGGCAUUCUUGCAUUUAAAAGUUUAAGUAGCUUAGCCUCUCGCAAAUGUCAUACAGUAAUGUCUAACGUGAAGGCUGCUUCUCACAUUAGCUGGAUGGGUCCUAAGUGGCAGUAUUUUGCCUGACAUUGAUUAAAUCCUUCCAGGCUAUGAACACCAGUAAACCCACAAUGUCUGUGGAAUAUAAACAGUAACUGCCCUCCCACCUCAUUUCUUCCUGGCUCUGUCCCUUCCAGAAUUGCCUAGCCUCUUCUGUGAGGGGAUUCUGGUUAGGGCCUCAUGGUGCCCCUGGGGUACAUCAGGUGCUCCUUGUCCUACUCUCAGGACUAAAGAUGCCACAUUCCUUUGCAUUUCAAGAAAUUAUUGUGCUAUCUUUUAUUGUGGUUGCAAUCAUGAAGAAAAUAGUGUUAACCAAGUUGACAGUUCAUUUGCUUCUAGAUUCUCCCUAACUUCUGUUUCCAGCUUUCCAUAUGGGGUAGGAGAUAGAAGGCAAUGAGGACACUCAAGCACAGGCAGCUCCCAUGCGUAACAGUGCUGGGCCAUGUUGCAGACCACACCCACCAAAUCCUUACAGAGCUGCUUCUGUGGAAGGACAAACAGUGGUCAGAUAAAAGCUACAUGUGAGCAUGCAAGAUGUGCUUUAAUGGGCAAGGCAGAGGCUCGAAAAGAUUCUUGAAUUGCUGUGUCUUUGUCUGCCUGGACACCAAGCUCAAAAUGCUCUGCUUCAGAAAUGGCUCUUUGUGUGUGUCCCGUCCCUUUGGUUCCUUAGCCAGUCAGUGCUGGACUCUGGUAGUCCUCUGUCAUUGAAGCCAUAACAUCUGAGCAGAAGAAAUGCUAUGAUAAUCGUGUUUUCAAAAUUGGGAUGUCAAAGGCCCUAGCUCAUUCUGUGGUAUGUUUGUGAACCAGUUCAUUGUGCUGGAGUAGAUUACAGUUUAUGUUACAGGCCGACCCAUCUCCAGUGUAAGGAACACUCACAUCUACUGAUUAAUCAGAUGCUUGUUUGGUGCAUUAACUGGGAUCAACCUUCAGUUAGUAAUGUUAUGAUGGAAAACUGUGUACCAGUGAAGUGAUUGAUUUUCACCAAGUUUUUUUUUUUAUAAUACUCCAUGCAUAUGAUCAAAGUUACACGGUCCAAUUUUUGUUUUAGCUAUAGGAAGAGAGAGAAAGUGGAUUGAGGCUGCGGGGAUUACCAACAGAUGUGUGAUUGAAUAUGUGGGACAUAGUCUCCAGAUUUGUCCCCUCAUACUGUGCUACUUAGUCUCUGACUUUCUAAUAGUUCAGAAUGCUUGUCCAGUGGAUACAUGACUGAUCAAGGCAGCUCUGUUUAAAAACUAAUUGUUUAGGUGAAAUGUACCUGAGUUUAAACAUGCUUUUUUAUAUCUAUCUGGAUAUUUCCACUGUGAAAUGAUUCCACAUAUUUCUGUCACUCAGACAUUAUUUAGACACCUGGUAAAUGAAUGGUAUUUUCCUGACGGCUGAAGAAAAUGAAGUGAUAGUUCUGAUUCUUGUUUUGUUAAAUGAAUGAAGCUUUAGUAAGGAAAAAUAUCCCAGCAUAUUCUCUGCAAGUGUAAGGUAGUGAAAUUUGAAGAAUUGCAGCUAUUGAUUGAACUCUUAGUAUAGAAGUGUGCAUGUAGAUAGUUAUAUAAUUGUGUAUAUAUACUUAUCUACACACAUGGUUGGUUUUAUAUUGUCUUUUUCAUUAAUCUUUAUGAUGAAAUCUUUACAAUAAAUUUUAUUUUAAUUAUGAAAACACUAAUUUUUUAAAGAGAAGGAAACAAAUAUUCUAUGUCCUUCUGCUAAAAAUAAAUCAAUCCUCUCCCUCACCACACAUAAACAUUGCAUCUUACACAUCUUGGCCACGUUAAAAAAAUUAUGACCAAAAUUUUUUAAUGAUACCAUAAAGGUAGAACCAUUACCUUAAUAUUGUGUCUAGUCAGAAGCCUGAUUUAACUCUGAACUUUGAAGAGAAGUUUGUUGUUUGCUUAUGGUUUACAAGAUUAGGAGAAGAAACUUUUCCUGAGUCUCUGGGACACCGUUCUCUAACCAGACAGAUUUCACACAAAUAAAAUUCAAUGUUAGCGCUGAAUAAGACACAUCCUGUCCAUGCUAGAUAAAAUACCUAUGAAAUCUUUCCCGUGGAAACCAGUGAACUUUUUUGAUAACUUUGGGAAUUUUUUUGUAUGAUAAUUUUUAAAAUGAAAUGUGUACUCUUCAAACUAAUUAAGGCUUGAGGUUUUCCAAGAAGUACAUUUUAAAAGUGUUUGUACACAUUUUAACAUUUGGAUA